AUGUCCAUCACCCCAAGGCCUUUUCUCCCAAGGACUCAGUGUGCUGCCACGCGGCUUUCAUCACGACCCCAACAACCCUGUGAGGUAGGCUUACAAUGCACACAUUCCUGCACCUCGAAGGAAAGAGAGAGAAAAUGCAUUUUUAAAACAAUAAUAAAACAAUUAUCAUUGUUUUUUAAGGAGCAGUCGCGAUUAGUGAAUCCGUAGCGAGACCGUGGUUGUUUCUGCAGCUGCAGCUGUUUCUAAUCCCCGGCCACUUCGGGGUUAAAACGAGAGAGUCCAGCUGCGCUUCCUAGAGGGGGCGCAAAGGAAGGAAGCCAGCCAAGGGCAGAGGAGAGUGACAGCUUCUUUCCUGUCCCGCCCCCUUCCCUGGGAGAAAAAAGAGGGGGGGUCUUUGUUUGCAGCAGGCCUGCUGGAAGGAGCUGGUGAGUUGCAUGGCCACCUGUCUUGGAUGCUUCAGCUGAGAUUCCUGCAUUGCAGGGGGUUGGGCUAGAUGACCCCUGGGGGUCCCUUCCCAUCUCUUCAGAUUGCCUGAUUCUAUGAGUGGGGAGCGCCUUUGAACGGAGGGGAGAGGAAGGGGGCAAGGCAGGUGGGCGGGCUGCUGGCUGGCUGGCUUGCAAGGAGGAGCCCUGCCCUCCGGGCCCAGGAUCUGUCCUCACAGUGGGCAAGACAGCUUCUCCCCCCCAUGGGAAGCCCCUCUUGCAAUUCCAUCCCAUUGCAAUUCCCCAAAGCUGGCCUUCAGAGGCAUUUGCAGCCUCCUGCACUGGAGGGAGGACAGCAGCCCACAUUCCUCCCCUGAAAAUAGGGACACCCGAUUUCAUCAUCAUCAUCAUCAUCAUCAUAUUAUGGGCUACUUUUAAAAUGAGGCUGCAUUUUAAAUUACAUUUUAACCUGUAUUUUAAGUUGCCCCCCCCCAUUAUGUUUUUACUGUAAUUUUACUGUACUGAUGUUAGCCACCCAGAGCCCGGCUCUGGCCGGGGAGGGGAGGGUAUAAGUAAAAUAUUUAUUUAUUUAUUUAUUUAUUUAUUUAUUUAUUUAUUUGCUUGCACACCACCCAUCUUACUGGGUUGCUGCUGGCACUCUGGGCAGCUUACAACAUUUUUUUUUUUUUUUUAAUGUAAUUGAACAUUAUAUGCAAUUAAACAUUGCACAUUCGAGAGUGGGAAGCCCUGCCUGCAAUUCUCCCCUCUUGCAGUUAACCAAAAACUGGCCUUUCUCGGGAGGUGGUGAACUCUCCUUCCUUGGAGGUUUUUAAGCAGAGGUUGGCUGGCCACCUGUCAUGACAAGGUUGUGUCAUCUGCAUAUCUGAGGUUGUUGAUAUUUCUUCCGGCGAUCUUAAUUUCGGCUUGGAAUUCAUCCAGCCCAACCUUUCGCAUGAUGAAUUCUGCAUAUAAGUUAAAUAAGCAGGGAGACAAUAUACAGCCUUGCCGUACUCCUUUCCCAUUCAAUACUUACAAGGAAAAAAACAGUAUUCUGUAUUUUUGUAGUUUGAAUAUUGUGUUAAAUAGACGAUUCUUCAUCCUGUUUAUGGAAUAUGCUGCGUAAUCUGAAUCUUGAAAUACAGUACAGUGGUACCUCGGGUUACAGACGGUUCAGGUUACAGACUCUGCUAACCCAGAAAUAGUACCUCGGGUUAAGAACUUUGCUUCAGGAUGAGAAGAAGAAAUUGUGCGGUGGCAGCGGGAGGCCCCAUUAGCUAAAGUGGUACCUCAGGUUAAGAACAGUUUCAGGUUAAGAAUGGACCUACAGAACGAAUUAAGUUCUUAACUUGAAGUACCACUGUAAUACUCUUUGGUAUGGGCUGGGGGGGAAUAUAUAGAUGCCCGAAUGAGAUUGCCAAUUGCAUCUGAAUGCUCUGCUAGUGUAACAUUUCAUGUAAGAUUUCCUGGCUCUCUGCUGGUUUAGAAGCCUAAUCCAUUUGGGUGAUCGCAGGUGGAAAGAGGAGGAAGCUGUUUUGGGGGCCCGGAAGAAGGUGUCCUCGGAGCGCGGCUGGGAAAUGGAGGAGCAAGCCUUGGCUAAGCUGAAAGCAGGAAGACGCCAGAAUGUUAUCCAGGCUGGGAGCAGCGGGGGAUUCUGGGAAAGAACCACACCAGAGAUCCUGGGCGAGGAGGAUGCCCUUGACUUGGAUGCCCAACGCCGACGUUUCAGGCGCUUCUGCUACCAGAAGGCCGAGGGGCCCCGAGAGGUUUGCAGCCGACUCCACCAUCUUUGCCAUCAGUGGCUGAAGCCAGAGAGACACACCAAGGCUCAGAUCCUGGACCUGGUGAUCCUGGAGCAGUUCCUGGCUGUCCUCCCCCCGGAGAUGGAGAGCUGGGUCAGGGAAUGUGGAGCGGAGACCAGUUCCCAGGCGGUGGCCCUGGCCGAAGGUUUCCUCCUGAGUCGGGCAGAGGAGAAGAAGCAGGCAGAGCAGCAGGUGAGAGAGGGUUUUGUUCUGGUAGUUCCAAAAGACAAAAAUGUGAGCAUGAAUAAAGUGGAAAAAAACCCCACUAGUUUCCAAAAGGAGGAGGGAAUCCAAGCCCCCAACACUUUCCAGUGUGGUGAGAGCCAGUGUGGUGUAGUGGUUAAGAGCGGUAGUCUCGUAAUCUGGGGAACCGGGUUCGUGUCUCCACUCCUCCACAUGCAGCUGCUGGGUGACCUUGGGCCAGUCACACUUCUCUGAAGUCUCUCAGCCCCACUCACCUCACAGAGUGUGUGUUGUGGGGGAGGAAGGGAAAGGAGAAUGUUGGCCGCUUUGAGACUCCUUCGAGUAGUGAUAAAGCGGGAUAUCAAAUCCAAACUACUACUACUACUACUACUACUACUCUUCUUCUUCUUCUUCUUCUUCUUCUUCUUCUUCUUCUUCUUCCUUUUCUCUUCCCACUCCCCAUUUCCUUUUCCUUUUUUAAAUGCUUGGACAUGGCAUGAAUUUUUCAGCAUAAUAUCAAAUUCAGAGGGCACAGUUUGUCUUACACAUUUGUCACUUUUCUAGUAUGUUUGUGUUCCUUUUCUAAAAUAAGCAAGGAAAAGAGUUUCAGGCUUAUGAAUGUUCUGUCAAGUAUAGAAAUGCAAGAGAGCGUAAGAAGAGCUUGCUGGCAUGGAUCAUGUGGAGAUCUCUCGCUGCACCAGGCUGGCGACUGGCGAAAGCGAAAUAUCCCUUGGAGAAGGAUCUGAAAUAAGCUCUAAUUUGAUUUGUUCUGGAUUGUUUUGUUUUAUGUUUUAAUCAGGACCAACUGGUUAGAAACCAAAAGGUCCAAGUUACUCCGAACCAAUUCCUGUUUUAUGUUUGAAUGUUGCAAAUCACUUGGAAGAUCUGUUCUGUAAAAUAUAAAGCAGUACCGAAAUGAAAUGAAUAAUAAUGAUGAUGAUGUUCAAUUGCAAAAAAACCCCAAAACCAAACAAACCUUGGCACCUGGACAUUCCAUUGUUGCGACCGUAACCUAGGUUUAAAAUGCUGUUUGGGGAUUAGAUUAUACAGUCAAACCUUGGUUGUUGAACGUAAUCUGUUCCGGGAGCCUGUUCGGCUUCCAAAAUGUUCGACAACCAAGGCGUUUACUUCUGGGUUUUUGUCAUUUGGGAGCCGAAAUGUUCCAAAGCAGAGGCGUUCGGAAUCCGAGGUUUGACUGUAUCUGUAUCUGAUUUUCUAACACUGCUUCUGAUUUUUUAGAACCUUUCUCCUGUGGCUGUAAGUUGUAUUAAGUGGUUUUAAGGUUGGGCUUUAAUUUCUGUACCUCACCCUGGGUGCUUAGGGAAAUUAGGCCAGGAAAUUAGUAAUAAUAUCAUCCCUCCUUUCUGCUUCAGGGGCAGGGACCUCUAGCUGAAGUCUCUCUGGGUGUCCGUGGGGCAGAGCAGGCGGCCUCAGCUCCCCGAGAGAGACGGCUCUUCAGGUGGAUCGUGCAAGAGUGUGACCAAGCUGCCAACUCACUAGGUAAGGAAAACUGCCGCCUGUCUCCAUUUGUAAGAAUUUAUCUUUUAGUGUGGCAGCACCCGCAGUCUCAAACUCCCUGGCUAUCAAUAUCACUGUACGCUUUCCGACACAUGCCAAAAAUUUUUUUUUUUUUAUUUAUAGUUUUCAAAUUUACACAUUUCAUUAAUUUUACAAUCCAUUUAACAUUUCAAAAUUUGACUUCCUUCCUCCUCUCUCUGCGGUUCCUUAAAUUUACGUUUUCAUAUGUUCUGCAUUUCCAAAUUCAUUUAAUUUACUCCUUUAAUUAUCUCCUGUAAAUAUAUGUUGCUUUCACACUUUCUCAGCCUCUUCUCCCCCUGAGCUGAGCAACAAGCUAUGGUUUAGUGAGCCACAGCUUGGCAUGGUGUGCAAACCAGGUAUAUUGAAACCAGGGUGGAUUUGAUUUAAAUCACGAUUUAAAUCACAAUUUAAAUCACAAAUCAGUAAGACUUGAUUGAUUUAUUUAUUUUACAGAAAGACUCAUUCUUGCUGGUAUAAUCUUAAUACAUUUUCAGAGUGGUUUUUACAGUUAUAUCAAAAUUUACUGAUUUGGUUAUACAUAGGCAGAUAAUUAUGAAAUUAUUGUGAGGUUUAAUAAGUUGACUGUUUAUAUUUGGACAACUUUUCUGCUUUAUUGAAAGGAGAAAAAUAAUCAUUUCCUUCGUAACAAUUUAAACAAUUUAUUUAACUAAAACAAUAACAUUAUAGCAUAUGUAUCCAUGUUUGUUAACUGAUGUGGUUAAACAUUUUUUAAAAAACAAAUAAAUAAACUUAGACUGUGUUUUAGCACGCAGGAAAAACUUAAAACAUGUCCUUAUUUCCUGAUGAAUAGCCUUUGGACUGUAAUGUAACUUAAAUAGAAAACUUUCUUUAGAAAGAUUUUUCCCUCCAAAAGCUUUUUAUUUUAAAAAUCCCAUUGAAUUUUUAAAAAAUCUGAUUUAAAUUUUAAAUAUCCAAUUUUAAUUUUUUAAAGAAAUCAUUGAUUUUUAUCCACCCUGAUUGAAAUGGAAACGCAAGAUGUUUAAAGGAAAUGAAAUAUCCUCCCGCUGUUUUUGUGUUCCUUCCAGGCAACAGAGUGACCCCGGCAACCUGCACUCCUUCUGGCGGAGUGGAAACGGCAGCUGUGGGGCCUGAUCAGGUAGGGGAAAGAAUCCCGGAGGGAUCAAUGGAGGCAGCUUGUAUGCCUGGGCCCGGAAGGUUCCUGUCCCUUUACUACAACGAAGGAAGCGUCUAGAAGACGAGGGGAGUCCGUUAAUGAAGAGCAACCCACCCCAAAGCCCCUAAGAACUUCAGCAUGGCUAGGCUUUCCGGUUGUGAACAUGAGAACCUCAGGAGAACCUUGUUGAUUCUUGCAGCCAAAGAGGGCCCAACCGGUCCCUGCAUCCAUCCUCAUAGUGACCAAGCAGGAGAUCCAUUGGGAAGCCAGGAAACUCUCUGGGUGACAAUAUCACUUGGUGUCAGGCUUCGGGGGAUCGGAUCCGUCCCCCAGUGGCAGUAAAUAAGCAGAUCAGACGAAAGGAGUGUUCUUACCCAGUAAGUUUCUUUAAUAAUCACAGCGAGAGACAAAGGAAUGCAUAUCUCUCUAGAAACGGCGUUGCUCCUAGUAAAGGUUUACCCCCUCCGUCCCCAUUAAUCUACAUCACUCCUACGUUGGGUGAUCUGAGCUUGUUGCCGCUGAGCUCUCUGUUCUGUCACUCUCAAAGCCCGCCUAGCCCUAGGCAAAGGGGGCUCAGGAAUGCUUUCCAAGAACACUGUCUCUCUCCUGGUGUUUCCUCUUCUAGUUGUUCCUCACCCAGUAUUUCCCAGCUUUUCCCCUCUGGACUGUGCCCCUCUGCAAACCACUGCUCUAAAUCUAUACUGUCCUCCUGCCCUUGGCAGGUUCAGGAGAAGGGGGAGGGCGGCUCCCAUGAUUCCUCCUCAGUCUAGCCCCUGACACCUAGGUAGCUCAGUUGGUUAGAGCAUGGUGCUGAUGAUGCCAAGGUUGCAGGCCUGAUCCCCAUUCCUGCAUUGCAGGGGGUUGGACUAGAUGAUGCUCAGGGUCUCUUCCAACUCAACAAUUCUAUGGUUCUAUGAUUCUUUUUCCGUCUGACCAGCUUCGCAGGGAAGUUUUUAAUUUUUUAAUUUUUUUAAAUAUUCUGUUGGAAGCCGCCCAGAGUGGCUGGGGAAACCCAGCCAGAUGGACGGGUUAUAAAUUAUAAUUAUAAUUAUUAUUAUUUAUUACUACAAUAAUCUUUUACCCACCUUCAGCCUAUGCAGACUAGUCCCAUCUAAGUUACUGGACUUGCCUAACCGGUUCAUUUCUUGCAGUGGGCCUACGCUUGAGUAGAACUUCUUGUUGUUGUUGUUUAGUCAUGUCUGACUCUUCGUGACCCCAUGGACCAGAGCACGCCAGGCACUCCUGUCUUCCACUGCCUCCCACAGUUUAGUCAAACUCAUGCUGGUAGCUUCAAGAACACUGUCCAACCAUCUCAUCCUCUGUCGUCCCCUUCUCCUUGUGCCCUGAAUCUUCCCCAGCAUCAGGGUCUUUUCCAGGGAGUCUUCUCUUCUCAUGAGGUGGCCAAAGUAUUGGAGCCUCAGCUUCACGAUCUGUCCUUCCAGUGAGCACUCAGGGCUGAUUUCUUUCAGAAUGGAUAGGUUUGAUCUUCUUGCAGUCCAUGGGACUCUCAAGAGUCUCCUCCAGCACCAUAAUUCAAAAGGACGCAACUCUUCAUCGUGUUCCUUGCCCCCCACUUUUUAAAAAAGAGAAUUCGUUUUCUUCUUCCUUCUCCACCUCCAGGAUCGGGUGUCCUUUGAGGAUGUGGCUGUAUAUUUCACAGACGACGAGUGGGUGUUGCUGGAUCCGGCCCAGAGAGCCCUGCAUGUGGAAGUUAUGGAGGAGAAUUCUGGAAACCUGGCCUCUCUCAGUAAGGCUUCCUUUUUUGCUUUGACUUGGCAGAUGCUGACAGUCGAAACGGCCACCGGCAUCAGAACCCAGCAUCCUUUGCUUGGGUCCAGUUCUUGUGGCAGGCUCGUGGGGGUCUCUUAGGAGACAGGGAUUUGCCAUCCUGUAUGGACAUGGGUGGUGCUGUGGGUUAAACCACAGAGCUUAGGACUUGCCGAUCAGAAGGUCAGUGGUUCGAAUCCCCACAACGGGGUGAGCUCCCGUUGCUCGGUCCCAGCUCGUGCCCACUUAGCAGUUCGAAAGCACGUCAAAGUGCAAGUAGAUAAAUAGGUACCGCUCCGGCGGGAAGGUAAACGGCAUUUCCAUGCGCUGCUCUGGUUCUCCAGAAGCGGCUUAGUCAUGCUGGACACAUGACCCAGAAGCUGUACGCCAGCUCCCUUUGCCAAUAAUCGAGAUGAGCACCGCAACCCCAGAGUCGUCAGUGUCUAGACCUAAUGGUCCUUUAUCUUUAUGGAGCCUCAAGCCUGCGGUGUCGGGGACUGGCUGGAUGACGAAUGGUGGGAGGCUCCAGCCGAGGAACCCUCUAGGGAACCCACAGAGGAAGAAGACUCAGACCCAGGGGGAGGUGGUAGGACACAAAGACAAGUCAGAGGAUCAGGAAAUCCAGGAGGUGGACGAAAGAGGAGGCUUUCUAUGACACACUGGGCAAUAGAUCUAGGACACGAUAUAGAUUUCCAUCUUUAGGGAAAGAAUUUGGAAGAGCAAUCUGAAGUUUACUGCAACUUAUUACUUGAAGGAGAACUACCUGAAAUUGCUUUACAGAUGGUAUCUAAUUCAGAGUAGACUUGCUAAGAUUUAGUGGGCUGUGUGGAUGAGUUUACAUCAGAGAAAAACUUACACCAAGUCGAAUAAAAGUGGUCUAUUUUUUAUUAACCAUGAAGGAGUCCCCGUUUUAUAACUUGAAAGGAACUGCUUUCACUUUAUUUGUUCUGCAUUAGAGCUCAGAAAGGCAUUAAACUCGGUUUUGCUGCCUAGGUUUGGGGUCCUGGUUUUCUCUCCCAGGCUCUUACCGAUUUUCUCUCGCUGUUCCGGCAGGUGAUGGCUGGGAGUUCGGCGCACGGAAUGAGGGAGACGCGCCCAGAUUAUUGCUGGAAAGAGCUGCUUGUGAACAGGAGCUGGAAGAGCAGAGCAAGGAAACGGAAGGGGAUGAGCAGAUGAGGGAUAUUUCCUCUGCUGCCACGGGGGGAGCUUUCCGUGAAGCCCCGGUCCUAGAGAAAAGAGAGAAAGGGAAAGAAGGCAGCGAGUGCCCGGCGUGCGGGGAAAGUUUCAGCUGCAAAUCCAGCUUUAACGCUCACUUGAAAACGCACAAAGAGGAGAAACCGUACAAAUGCUUGGAUUGUGGAAAGAGCUUCUCUCAGAGGAAAGGCCUUAUCCGACAUCAGAGAAUCCACACCGGGGAGAAACCCUAUACCUGUCUGGAGUGCGGGAAGAGCUUCCGUCAGAGCGCGGCCCUCAUCACUCACCAGCGUAUCCACACAGGGGAGAAGCCGUACACCUGCUUGGAGUGCGGGAAGAGCUUCUGUCAGAAGACGACGUUGGUGAGGCACCAGCGGAUCCACACAGGGGAGAAGCCGUACGCCUGCUUGGAGUGCGGGAAGAGUUUCAGUCACAGGUCCCAGCUCACCUCCCACCUGCGAGUCCACACUGGGGAGAAACCGUAUAAAUGCCUGGAGUGCGGGAAGAGUUUCAGCCAGAACACAAACCUUACUUUACAUCAGAGAACUCACACGGGGGAGAAGCCGUUCCGGUGCUUGGAGUGCGGAAGGAGCUUCAGUCAUAGCUCGACCCUUAUGGCGCAUCAGAGAACCCACACAGGGGAGAAGCCAUUUACGUGUCUGGAGUGCGGUCAGAGCUUUGCUCAGAACGCAAGCCUUAUCUUCCAUCAGAGAACUCACACGGGGGAGAAGCCGUAUGCCUGUCCCGAGUGCGGGAAGAGCUUCAGCACGAGCACCAGCCUCACCUCGCACCGGCGCAUUCACACAGGGGAGAAGCCGUACACCUGCUCCGAGUGCGGGAAGAGCUUUUGUACGAGCACAAACCUUGUUACACAUCAGAGAAUCCACACAGGGGAAAAGCCGUACAAGUGCUCAGAGUGCGGAGAACACUUUCGCAAGAAAGCGCAUCUCCUUAGACAUCACAUGACACACACGGGGGAGAAGCCGUACAAAUGCGCAGAGUGUGGGAAGAGCUUCAGCGAGAAAAGAAAUCUCAUUUCUCAUCAGAGGAUCCACUCUGAGUGUUGGAACGAGGAUCCUGUAAGCAGUCAUUGGAUUCCUCCCUCUGUAGGUCUGGGAUAUGUCCCCCUUCCCCAAGAUUCCAGUACUUUCCAGAGCCCUCUCAGUCAUAAUUCCAGCCCAGGAGAAAGAUUGGAGUGUUUUAGUUUUUUUCUCAAUGAGUAGAUGGCAAUUGGUCCAGUCUUGGAUUGGAUGCAAAUGAAAGGCACAGAUAGGUUAAAAUGGUAAAAUAAAACAAAUAAAGCUUAAUGAUAAAUAGAACAAAAAGGAAUAGGUCUUAAAAAAAAUGCAUUACUUUAAACAAAAAGGUUAUUGAUAAACUUAACAAUAACAUGACUAAUCAAGUUUCCAACACUCAUUGAGGCUUAUGACUUUUAUCAACAUGACUGCGCCUGUUCAGAGUUGCCAGUGCACAGCUGCUAUUGAUGGUAAACUGGUACAGCCAGCUUUUGGCUGUUUCUGAUCUGACCCGAAAAUUCUCCAUCCUGGGUUUAGACUAUUGCACCCUGGGAAGCUCACUUCAGUGCUGCUAAUGCGACGGUUUGACUUCACCCCCGGAGGCGCACUCCAUUGUCCCUCGAGGCAGAUGGAUGCCAACAACUGCAGCUACUGAAAAACUUUGUGCCAUGGUGGUCGGUGGUGUUUGCUGUUUUGGAAUAACAGUGUUUGUGAUGAUAUCGGACCUUCCGUGGUGUUUUUUCUCUUUGUAACUGUAAUUCAAAUCAUGUGUGUUUGGGAAAGGGAGCGAUCCACGCUACUCUAGAGACCCUGUUCUAGAACUCUAGAAAACCCACUCUUUUAUCUUUCAGUAUUAAAAGAGCAGCCCAAGUGUAGCAAUCUUCUCCGCUAAUAACACGAAUAUUUAGUGUAGUUGAUGGGUGUUUUUAACAGUUUACUGUAUUCAAGCUCGAGCAUGUAUUAUUUUAAUCUGGUUUGUAAAAGAAAAUAAAAAACGCAAGGACACUAGGGGAAGCAUUGCCCUGGUGACAAGGUAUUGCUCUGUUGGUGAAGGAUUACUUGUAGGGGAGGCUGGCCUGUUAGGAUGACUACAGUGGUACCUCGGGUUAAGUACUUAAUUCGUUCUGGAGGUCCGUUCUUAACCUGAAACUGUUCUUAACCUGAAGCACCACUUUAGCUCAUGGGGCCUCCUGCUGCCGCCGCACGAUUUCUGUUCUCAUCCUGAAGCAAAGUUCUUAACCCGAGGUAAUAUUUCUGGGUUAGCGGAGUCUGUAACCUGAAGCGUAUGUAACCUGAAGUGUAUGUAACCCGAGGUACCACUGUACUAGCCUAUCAUGAGUGACCCAGCAGUAAAUCACACUGUGCAAGUCGGAGUUAACGCUUUAUUAGGAAAAAGAGGAUCUGCACCGGAGUGUCAGGCCUGAGCACAGCGUCUCCGGUAGAUCUCUCCCCCGCCCCCACACACGAUGAAGAAAUUCCUGAAUAUCCCUGCCUUCCCACAGUUCCCUAAGUCCACCCCCCCUCUCCAGGGUUUCCCCCCAAGCAAUCUGAGAUGGUACAUGUGUGACACUGACUUCUCCACCCUGUGUGACACUAACUUCUCCACCCUCUUCAUGCGUCUCCUGGGUCUGGGAGACCAGGAGGGAGGGGAGCGUGUUGCAGCAGGAGGGGGAGGCACCCAUAACUCUUGAAUGAAUGAAUGAAUGAACUUUAUUAUGGUCACAGACCAGGAUUUUAAAAAGCAUAUAGAUAAAAUAGCAGUUAGGAUUUUUUGACCGAUAAUUGUUAGGGCAAAUGAGGACAAGGAAACAGGCAUAAAACAUCCGAAUAAAAUACAAGAUUAAACACAGAUAAUGGAUGGAUAAAAAACUAAUAAUUAAGAAGAAGAAGAGUUUGGAUUUGGUAUCCCGCCUUUCACUCCCUUUAAGGAGUCUCAAAGCGGCUAACAAUCUCCUUUCCCUUCCUCCCCCACAACAAACACUCUGAGAGGUGAGUGGGACUGAGAGACUUCAGAGAAGUGUGACUGGCCCAAGGUCACCCAGCAGCUGCAUGUGGAGGAGCAGAGAUAAGAGCUAAAAACCAACAAAGACUCGCAGAUAAAACAACUAUAAGAGGCUGCAGAGUAGAAGCCUCUAAAAUAGAGGACACUCACAACGUUAAAAACUGCUGUGCAAAUAUGGUUAAAAGAAUUAAAACAAUAUACAACACUAAAUUUAGAAACAAUGUACAACAAUAAACUGUCCCAGGGAGUUGACUCAGAAUCACCCAUGGAACUGUGUUUGGGGCUUUUCAUGCUGGACUAUUCUGAGUUGGGCGAUGGUCUGUGCCUACAGAUCUGUAGACAGAAUCUGGCGACCAUCCAGGUCAUCUUCUGAUCUUUGCCCAACAGCAAAAGGUCAAAUUUUUGCUUUUGCGGGAGGUCAGCGAGCCUCACCAGUAGGGGAUCCAUGAUCUUACUACGUGCCUCUUUAUAAAAGGGACAUCUGGGCUUCCUAUCUCUCCCAAUGGACAGGUGCAAAGUCUCUGAGCAUAGGGGACUUUUUUAAAGGCUCCAUCCAGGACCGGCGAGGGAAGAGCCGAGCUUCUGGCCCUUUUUGCAUCCCUGUUGUUGUUUAGUCAUUUAGUCGUGUCCGACUCUUCGUGACCCCAUGGACCAGAGCAUGGCAGGCACUUCUGCCUUCCACUGUCUCCCGCAGUUUGGUCAGACUCAUGCUGGUAGCUUCGAGAACACUGUCCAACCAUCUCAUCCUCUGUCGUCCCCUUCUCCUUGUGCCCUCCAUCUUUCCCAACAUCAGGGUCUUUUCCAGGGAGUCUUCUCUUCUCAUGAGGUGGCCAAAGUAUUGGAGCCUCAGCUUCACGAUCUGUCCUUCCAGUGAGCACUCAGGGCUGAUUUCCUUAAGAAUUGAUGCGUUAGAUCUUCUUGCAGUCCAUGGGACUCUCAAGAGUCUCCUCCAGCACCAUAAUUCAAAAUAUUGCAUCCCUAGAUACGAGAAAGAAGAGAUAUGCUGCCGGUGCAGCUAUAUCUCUCUCGAUUUCUCCAAUUCUAUAGUUGGGGCACCUUACACAGUCCUGCUGUCUCUCGGUGUCUAAUAUUCUUUGCCUGACCGUAGCUUUUGCCUGGUCCAAGCCCAGACUUAGAAGGGCUUGAGGGGCAAAACCCAAUUUCCGGAGGGUGUUCAGGACUGCAGUCUGCCAGCUCGACUGGGAUUGGUCACAGAGGAUCAAUGGAGCCAUCCCUCGGGGGAGCAGGUUGAAUGUCAGCCAUUUGCAGAUUGAUGUUAGGCAGUUGCUAGCCUCCACUCUCAUCAUCCCCGUUUCCAAUCUCACCCAUGCGUUUGAGACACAUCUCGGGACUUGGAGGAGAGCUCUAAGAAGUCUGGAUUGAACUCUCUCAAGUGGGGAGAAAGCAGAGGGAGGCGGGCCCAAAAAGGAACCAUAGAGGAGUUGUGCCAAAGUUUUGGCCUUGUAUAAUUUUAGAGCUGCGGGGACAAAGAAGCCCCCCCGUGCUCUGAAUAAUUUAAGGAUACAAUUUGCGUUUUUCCCCGCUGAACUCCCGGUGGAGUUUAUGUGUAGUUUGUUGGUUCCUGAGGCCUGUAUCACCAUUCCUAGAUACAUGUAGUUUGUGACUUGUUCUAAUUUAUGGCCUUGGAGUUCCCAGCUUCUAAGCUUUGGUUUUUCCCCAAAAGCGAGUAUCUUGGUCUUUUGAUAGUUGAUUUUGAGACGUUCAGAUUCGCAGUAUGUUGUGAGCUUUCUUAGUGCUCUUUUGAGUCCAAUGGGGGUUCUAGAUAGAAUUACCGCAUCAUCCAUUGUCUCUCAAGACAGACGGGUGCCAACAACCAGCACACCCCUAAUUUUGACAUAGUCACACUUAUUUGGGUGAACAAAUAAGCUCCCCCCCCCCCGAAAGACAUGUCACACGCAGGGUCCCGCAGGCCAUAAAUCCACCACUGGCCAGAAUAGCUGUUUUCUACCUUUUCCCCCCUCCUACCAAAUUUAGCUGUUUUCAGAUUCCCAGAUUACGAGUUCCCCAGAUUAUGAGUCUGCCGCUCUUAACCACUACACCACACUGGCUCUCUUGCAGUUUUAGAGUACGACCCUCACUGUGCGGACUGCAGCCUCGCUGCACUCUCCUGACCCUGCGGAUUGCAGCCUGACAGCCCAAUCCCAGCCCCUCUCCAAAAGGGGUUGCAGCUGCCUUGAUCUGAGAGCAGCUCUUUUCUUCCAGGCAAACGGGGCGAAGGCUGCAGCCUUGCAGAGCAAGCAAGCAGCUGUCGAGCUUUCUUGUCUUUGCACGGAAGGGUUAAGCAGACCGAGGCUGCCUUUCCCAGAGUGGACGGGGAAAGCCAUCGGGAGCCUUGGGGGAGGCCAUCAUUUCCUCUUCCUCGCCUUUUGUGGCGGAGCAGCUGCAGCAGCCACAGCAGGAGGAGGCGACGCGUCCGGGCAGCUUGGCCUCCCGCGCACCCUUUUGCAACCAGGCGCCCCUGCGCUCGCGGGAGCAGGUAAAGCAGCUCCUUCCAUUGCACCUUGCAGAAAAAGAAAAGGGAAAAAAGAGCAGGCUGGGUGCAGCCUCCAGUGCGCAUGAGUGGCUGGGCUGGCGGGGACAGGAGAAGGGCAAAGGCUCGGUGGGGGGCGGCUGUGGCUGAGCACCUAGGUUUGAAGAGUUGCAAGGGACCCUCAGGGGUCAUCCAGCCCAACCCCCUUGCAAUUCAGGAAUCUCAGCUCAAGCAUCCAUGGCAGGUGGCCAGCCAACCUCUGCUUGAAAACCUCCAAGGAAGGAGAGAGUUGUAGAGUUGCAAGGGACCCCCAGGGUCAUCUAGUCCAACCCACUGCGAUGCUGGAAAGCCUUGCCCAACUGUAUAAGUGCUUAUUCUUCCUGGGUAUUUUGUGUGUGAGAGAGAAGCUAGCCUUUCAUUGUUUUCCUUUGCACCUCCCCGCCCCCCUGAAAAACUUACUGUGGGUGCCCAUCGCCGCCCCCCAGCGCAGCCCAGCAACCAGAUCUUUGGCUGAAAUGUAGCUCAGUUGGCAAAAGCACAAGACUCUUAGUCUCAGGGUUGGGGGUUCGAGCCCCACUAUUCUCAGGUAUCUUUUUUUGUCAAGUAAAAUGUUAUGCUAGGUAAAAUGAAAACAUAGAUUGAGAGAAGAAUAAAAGGAAAUGGGGGAGAAAGAGAGGGGGGGAAUAGAUAAAGGGGGGCUAUUAAAAGAAAGAGGGGGAGUUAAGAAACUUAAGAACUUCCAAUUCUUUGUCUGUCAGCUAUAUAGAAACAUUAUUCGAUUUGUCCACUCCAAAAUAACAUCCAGCACAGCUACAGUGGUACCUCGGGUUACGUAUGCUUCAGGUUACAGACUCCACUAACCCAGAAAUAUUACCUCGGGUUAAGAACUUUGCUUCAGGAUGAGAACAGAAAUUGUGCAGCGGCGGCGCAGCAGCAGGAGGUGGCCCAAUUAGCUAAAGUGGUGCUUCAGGUUAAGAAGAGUUUCAGGUUAAGAACAGACCUCCAGAACGAAUUAAGUACUUAACCCGAGGUACCACUGUACUUUCUAUAAAUCAGUAUACCUGAAGGAGCGUCUUCACCCCCAUCGUUCUGCCCAGACACUGAGGUCCAGCGCCGAGGGCCUUCUGGCGGUUCUGGCGGCCAAGUUACAGGGAACCAGGCAGAGGGCCUUCUUGGUAGUGGCACCCACCCUGUGGAACACCCUCCCACCAGAUAUCAAAGAGAAAAACAACUACCAGACUUUUAGAAGACAUCUAAAGGCAGCCCUAGUUAGGGAAACUUUUAAUGUUUAAUAGAUUAUUGUAUUUUAAUAUUCUGUUGGAAGCUGCCCAGAGUGGCUGGGGAAACCCAGCCAGAUGGGCAGGGUAUAAAUAAAUUAUUAUUAUCAUCAUUAUACCUUCAUACUUCGAACCCAAAUGUCAUUAUUUCAUCAUCUUUUUCACCCAAAAAGUCUUACGAGAGGUUUCCAAUCUUUAGUAAAUGUUAAUCACAACCUUUCUCUGAUCAAACGUGUCAAUUUCGCCACCUCGAAUAAUUUUAGUAACCGUUCCUCAGUUGUUGGUACUGACGAGUCUUUCCGUCUUUGUGCAUGUAAAAGUCUCGCCGCCAUAAGUGUAACUUGGCUGCUGUAAUCAUAUAUCUUUCCAGUUCUUCACUUUCUCAUCUCUCUGCAUCUUUUUUUCCUUUUCCUCAUCUCCCAGGAAAAGUCCCCUCAACUCCAGCGGAGAAACAGCCGUGUUGCCUAA